AUGGAAAUGNAUUCUGAUAAAGAGUUGACCUCUAAUGGAAAAUCUCCUGAGGGAUUAAAAGCGGCUGGAUCUCUUCUCAUGAAGGUUUUUGGAGUCCUUNCUGGGAGAGGUCCAAAACGAGUCCGGAGCAUUAUAUGUGACUUGCCAAUUGUUCAAGACCUACUUCAAGGUGAUCGGCUUUCCGACGACAGCAUUAUAUUCUUUGAUUGCAAAUGA